AGCCAGUUUGUGGAGUGGCAGACAGGAGGCACUGUACGGGUACCCUGUUCUCUGUACUGUAUUCGGCAUGUUCCUCAAGAUGCAGGCUAGUUUCUCUGUGUUCCUGGUAGCAGUGCUAAGUAUCACCAGGACAGUCAUCUUGUUCCGCCCCUUCCUGGAUAUAUCUACCCGGACAGUGCUACUAGUAGUAGGAGGGUACGGGGUAUACCUGGUGCUGAACCAGGUGGUCCCCCUGGUGCUCCAGAAGACUAGGUUUGUGUACACAAGUGAGGAGGUGUACUGCUGGGACGAUGGUACCUCCCAGGUGUGGGAUAAGCUGGAUAUAUGGUUAGAUCUGAUAGUUCUGGCUGUUCCUGUUGUCCCCAUAACCAUUAGCUGUGUGCUGUCUUGUAUAUUCGUGGGGAGGAAGGGGAAGUAUCUCUCUGAAACUGCCAGUGGAGGGAGUGCUAACUCCAAGAGGGCUACCCGGACUAUUAUCCUCAUGACGGCUGUGUACAUCCUGUUUAAUAUCCCCCUGUUUGUUAACUACCUACUGUGGACUAUCUCCGUUAACACAGGUAAUGUGACGUAUCCUGAUCCGUACUGGAACACUACCUUCACCUACUGGUUUGUGUGGAACUUCACGGACUGUCUCUUUAUAAACCUAAACUCUCUGUUCAACCCUCUGGUGUAUUUCAUGAGGAUCAAGACUUUCAAAGAGUGGGUUUAUGAGAGAUGCCGUGCUGUUAAGGGGAAGAUAUCAUCUACAUUUGUAUUGAAAUGUAGAUGAAAAUAGUGGAUUUAGAGCAGGGGGUUGAUAUCAUUAUCUUUGAUAAUAAUAAUAGAGGGCCUUAUGGUUUAUCAAA